AUGUUUCUAAUCUCGAAACGUUUCCGGCCAUCCUUACUUUCGGGAGUCAUUUACAUCCUAAUUUGCACAUUUUCGUUGGGCUGUGAGGCCAGGAGUAUUGGGGAUGAGUCCCUAGAAUCCCUGCGAUCCUAUGGCGCUUUGAUGAAGUCCUACAUGAACUUGAGCGCCGAUCCGUGUGAUGAUUUCUACGAGUACGCUUGCGGAAACUGGAAGAACGUAAAACCGCCUCGACAAGCCAGUCACAGGCGAAACAAUCUCCUGGAUAUUGUCUACACUCUGACGGAUGUGACGGAGCAGCUGCUGACCAGGACGCAACUGGCAGAGGCACUAAAUGUGUCCGAAGAACUAGUGAUUGCUCAACGCUUCUAUAAUUCCUGCCUCAUGGCCGAGGUAUUUCCGCUUCCAGCCGCCGAUCCCGCUUAUCUCUCGCUUAUCAGGUCCAUUGGUGGUUUCCCCGCCGUCGAUGGGGAUGCUUGGAACGCGUCCAGGUUCAGCUGGUUCAACAUGAGUGCCCAUCUCACCAACUACGGUGCUUAUGGGCUGAUCCUCGAAGAAAUUUCAACGCAGUAUCCAUUCGAUCCAUACUUUAAACUGCCCGAAUUGGGCUUUGACCACAUAAUUCACACAGAUAAUAUAGUUAAUUCAAGUUCACGGGCGUACAAACUAAACGAGAAGCGAAUGCGUGGUUACUUAAAUGCCUUUAAUCUCACAGAGGAUAAAAUCUCCUCUGUGAUCAAUGGAGUCUUUGACUUUUGGCGAGAAGCAGCCGCUCUUGAAGACAAGUUUGAAGGCGAUAGUGACAAGUGCGAGUUGCUUGAAGGGCCUCCAUUUGGGAAAUGGAGGAGCUACUACGAGAUCGCCUGGAAUGGCCUGGACUUCGACAACGGUUCGGACAUUAGCCUGUUCUGCGACUUUUACUACACGGAGUUGGAUAAGCUGUGCUCCAAGCACCAGGAGGCAGUGGCCAACUAUUUGGCCAUGGUGCUCCUUUACCGCAUGGACGCCAAGCUGAAAGAAGGAAAUAAACAAAAGGAUUACUGUCUGACCAAGGUCCAGAUGUCGUUAUCCCACCUCGUUAGCAAGCUCUACAUGGCGGAAUACUUCAGCAAGGACACACAUUCCGAGAUCUCUGCCAUGGUGAAGGAACUGCGAAAGUCCUUGCGUCAGGUCCUCGAGAACGCCGAAUGGUUAGAUACAGAGACGCGACGAGAGGCGUUGCUCAAGGAGGCCAGCAUCACGCCAGUGAUUGGCAGCUACAGGAACGAAGAGAUUUCCAGCCUCCUGAUCGACGAGAUCGGGAAACUAUCCGUUAUUGAGGAUAGCUUCCCCCAGAGCAUGAUCAACCUGCAGAGAUUGGUCACCACUUUAAAACGAUACGGUGGCUUGAAUUUCGAGAAAAUGACCAACGACACGAAGCCGCUCUUACUGCUCCUUGGGAUGCAGGUAAAUGCCUUCUACUACAACUUGGACAACUCGAUCUAUGUGAUGGCUGGAAUACUGCAUCCGCCUGCGUAUCACCGUUCAUGGCCCGACUCCCUGAAGUUUGGCACAAUAGGAUUCCUGAUAGGCCACGAGUUGACCCACGGUUUUGAUACGAUGGGAUCCACUUUCGAUGGCAGAGGUGAGGUGAACAAUUGGUGGUCCACGAAAUCGGAGGCAGAGUUCCAGGAACGAACCAAGUGCUAUGUGGACCAUUUCAGCAACUACUUGAUACCGGAGAUCAAUCGUAAGAUCAAUGGCAACGUUACCAGGGAUGAAAACAUUGCGGAUGCUGGUGGUUUAAGAGAAGCACUCGCCGCCUAUCGGAGCCACAUGAAGAAGCUCCAAAGCAGCCCGAUGGAUAAUGAGACGUUGGAGCCCCAAAGUCAGCAGAUGCCUGGCCUCGAUUUGUCGGCGGAGCAGCUCUUCUUCCUCGGAUUCGCGCAGCUGUGGUGUGCCGACUACGAGGAGGAGCACUUCUGGGAGGAGCUCACCAAGGAGCACACCAUCGAUAAGUACCGGGUGUUGGGUGCCGUCUCAAACAACAAGGACUUUGCCGAGGUCUACAAAUGUCCACUUGGUAGUCCUAUGCAUCCAAAGGCCAAUACCUGUCGUUUGUGGUAAUCUGGAAUAAAGAGAAUAUUAAACAUGAAA